AAUUAGUAUAUUCCUAAAAUAAAGUCUGCUCAUGUCUAAGCUACGCUCAGUUGUGUUUAGAUUGCCAGCCGUAAACCAUCAAAAAUAUUAUGGGAACUUGUGUUUUAUGGAAAUCGCUAAUAGUCUUAUUGAUUGUGCAAUGUAAAUAUACAAACCGAUAUAGACAAAAGUAUAAAUUAGACAGGAAAAUAUCUUUUCACAGCUUGCACAAAUCAGAUGAAGGCUUUUGGCGCCCAGGUAGUGGGUGGCAAGCCAGCAAGAGCUAAGGAGUUUGCACCCAUGGCACGUUUGGGUAAUCGUAAUGAGAAUAACGUCACCAAGUGGCUCUGUGGUGGAACUUUGAUCAGUAAUCGCUUAGUACUUACUGCUGCUCAUUGUUUAUAUUCAGAUGUUGGCGCUGUUAACGUUGUGCGUCUAGGCGAGCUAGACUUUGCUAUACAAACUGAUGAUGCUGAUCCCGAAGAUUUUGGUGUACAGAAUACUAUAGAGCAUGCUGACUUUAAGUAUCCCGAGCUAUAUAACGACAUAGCGCUCAUACAACUUAAUCGCAUUGUCAGAUUCAAUGCAUAUAAGCAGCCCGCUUGCCUGCCAGUUGAUAACGGCGAUCGUGUUGAUAACUUUAUUGCAACUGGCUGGGGUGAUACGAAAUUGGCGGGCAGAGCAUCCACGCGACUCUUGAAAGUAGAGCUCAAUAAUUAUGGCAAUGAUUGUCCUACUGCAAAAGACAUUGAAGAGCUGCCCAAUGGUUUUAAUGCCAGCACACAGCUUUGCAUUGGUUCCAGUGAGCAAAAGGAUACGUGCAAUGGCGACUCGGGUGGUCCUGUCUUUAAAUUUAAUGGACAGCGCCCUUGCACAUACUAUGUAAUGGGUAUUACCUCAAUUGGCAUUGCUUGUGGAGAACCUAACAAGCCCACAAUUUAUACACGCGUUCACUUUUAUCUGGAUUGGAUUAGGCAGCAGAUAGAGAAAAACAAGUUAAUUUGGUCGUAAUGAACAAA